GGCUUUGCGCAUGCUCUGUUUCUGGGUGUCUGGCAACAGCUAACCAGCCCCGGCAGGCAGACACCAGCCGGCGGCAGCAGCAGCGGCGAUUCUCGGCGUGUCUUCCACAAAAUAGCUCGCUGUCGGGUUCUUCGCAUUUUUGUUGAGACAAAGUCACUCGGCCGGGGGGGGAGAAAAGAGUGGGAAGACAACCACGAGCCCUGCGCAAAGAUAUGAGCGGCAGCGGGCGGCCCAGGACCAGCUCGUUUGCUGAGCCGCCAGGAGUUCCAGGAGCCGCCGCCGCCGCGUCCGCCGGAUCAGCCGCUGCCGUGGGGAGCAGCACAGGAAAGUCCGGGGUCGCACAGGCCUCCGGCAGUAGCUUGUCGGGAUGCUCGAACCUCAAGCUCGCCAGAGACAGCGGCAAGGUGACGACGGUGGUGGCCACACCGGGUCAGGGCCCGGACCGCCCCCAAGAAGUGUCCUACACUGACAUUAAGGUGAUCGGCAACGGCUCGUUUGGGGUGGUCUACCAGGCGCGCCUCAUCGACAGCCAAGAGAUGGUGGCCAUCAAGAAGGUUCUCCAAGAUAAGAGGUUCAAGAAUCGGGAGCUGCAGAUCAUGAGGAAGUUGGACCACUGUAACAUUGUCAGACUACGUUACUUCUUCUACUCCAGCGGAGAGAAGAAGGAUGAAGUGUACCUCAACUUGGUGCUGGACUUUGUCCCUGAGACGGUCUACAGGGUUGCCCGGCAUUUCAACAAGAACAAGAGCAUCAUUCCUAUCAUCUACGUCAAGGUGUACAUGUACCAGCUCUUUCGCAGUUUGGCUUACAUCCACUCGCAAGGCGUGUGUCACCGGGACAUCAAGCCGCAGAACCUGCUGGUGGACCCUGAAACAGCCAUCCUCAAGCUGUGUGACUUUGGCAGCGCCAAGCAGCUGGUGCGUGGCGAGCCCAACGUGUCGUAUAUCUGCUCGCGCUACUACCGGGCUCCCGAGCUCAUCUUCGGCGCCACCGACUACACGGCCAACAUCGACAUCUGGUCGGCAGGCUGCGUCCUGGCCGAGCUCCUGCUGGGCCAGCCCAUCUUCCCCGGCGACAGCGGCGUCGACCAGUUGGUGGAGAUCAUCAAGGUGCUUGGCACCCCAACCAGGGAGCAAAUCCGAGAGAUGAACCCCAACUACACAGAAUUCAAGUUCCCGCAGAUCAAAGCUCACCCUUGGACCAAGGUGUUCAAACCGCGCACGCCGCCCGAAGCCAUCGCGCUUUGCUCUCGCCUGCUGGAGUACACGCCGGCCUCGCGCCUCUCGCCGCUGGAGGCCUGCUCGCACACCUUCUUCGACGAGCUGCGGCAGCCCAACACGCGGCUGCCAAGCGGGCGAGAGUUGCCCGUGCUCUUCAACUUCAGCACUACAGAGUUGUCUAUCCAACCUCAGCUGAACUCCACGCUCAUCCCUCCGCACGCUCGCGCGCACACAGCUUCUUCCUCUCACGGUAGGAACGCUCUUUGCUUCACUCUCAACCUUCUUAGUACAAAGUUGCGCACACCAGCAAACGACUCCGCGUGCGAUGCUUCCAACGUUAACCGAUAAACAACAUCGAUGUUUUAGUGAUGCAUUCUGAUGGCUGCUAUCAUGAAACCCCCACCCCAAAACAGAAUUCAUUCCAAUCACUAGUUUAAACACGAGGCAGCAACACACAUAGAGCGCGUACAACAA